AUGGAAAUUAGCCAGAAAUCAGAUACCAAGAAUCGCCCCGAUGAGUGGAUGAUUGAGCAGGGCAUGGCAGGCCACAAGCUGCCUAUCCUCGACCAGACUGGCAAAGAGACUAUCCACAUAUAUCCUCGUCCGCCGGCCAAGAUCAAGCAAGAAAAGGAGGCGAUUAAGGCGGUUGGGAAUCGCGAUAAAGUGUUUGCUCGGGAACGAGAGGGCUGGGUUGGAUAUGUGGAAUGGGAGGAUCACCCCGAGAAGAAGGCCAAGGCGCAUGAGAUCCUCAAGUCUCAGACCUUUCCGGAUUGUCCGGACUACCAAUUUGGACAGAUCCCCGGCACCAACCCCGUCCUGUCGGGAGACGACUUCAAAGCCUGGCAUGCUGCUAUCGGCGGCGAGCUGACAAGCGUGGCCGAUGACUCGUGGGAAACGGUCCUGAAAGAGAAGCAUCCCGACAUGCUGCAUUUAUUGCAGUUCCCGUACAACGGAGAGCCGCCGAAGCGGUUGGUGACGUCGAAGCCAAUUACCCCGAAUCCUUUGCACUUUGUGCGCAAUCACGGCGGUAUUCCGCUGAUUGAUAAGGAUAAGUUCGAGCUAAAGCUAGACGGGCUAGUCAAGAACCCGAAGACGUACACCCUGGACGAAUUGAUGGACGAAGCUCGGUUCCCGCGCAUGGAGAAGACUAUCACCAUGCAAUGCUCCGGAACUCGUCGAAUCGAACAGAUAACUCUAUAUCCUGGUCAAGGCGAUGAGGUGCCCCAAGCACCGUGGGCUGAAGGAGCCAUUGGAACAGCUCGAUAUGUCGGUAUCAGCCUGAAGAAGGUCAUCAAGGAUUGCGGAGGGUUGAUCGACGGCGCCAAGCAUCUCGAACUAUACGGCGCGGAGACGUACGUCAAGGACUUGGAGGCGAUGAACUACGUGGUCAGCGUGCCGUGGUCUAAGGUCAAGGCCAAUGAGGUCAUGCUCGCCUGGGAGAUGAAUGGAGAGCCACUCCCCAAAAUCCACGGGUACCCCUUGCGCGUCAUGGUUGCCGGAUAUAUCGGGGCUAGGUCCGUCAAAUGGCUUUAUAGAAUCAAGGCAAUUGAAAAUGCUUCGAUUGCUCCAGUUCAAAGCCGUGAAUACCUCUAUUUCAAUCAACAGGUUGGCAAGUACAACCAGCGCCCCAUUGACGGGAUCCAGAUCCAGGAGAUGCCUGUCAGCUCGGCGAUCAUGUCACCCUGGCAGCACCAAGUUAUCUUUCACAACGGGUCGAUCGCAUGCAAGGGAUGGGCCUACAGUGGCGGUGGACGCUGGCCAGAGCGCGUCGAGCUCUCAGCAGACGGUGGUUUUACUUGGUACGCGGUCCCGGAGGAGCGGCUAAGCAAGAAGGGCAAAUGGACGUGGCGGACAUGGGAGAUCGAUAUUCCCUGCGAUGUAGAAGGAUGGAUCGAGCUGGUCGUGAGGACAUGGGACAACGCCCUCAACACUGAACCGAUUGGAAUCCGUCAGACCUGGAACUGGGGGUUGCACGUUACGUCUUCCGCGCACCGCGUCAAGGUGUACAGUGUCAACAAGACCCACGAGCUGACCAAGAAACGCCUUGCGAAAUUCGAGGAGUUGGGCAUCCCUCUAGCCCCACUCACUCAUUACGAUGCUGUCCCCAGUUUGAGCGACAAAGAGUUGGAUGAGUACUGGAAGACUCAUCCCCGUGACGUCGACGAGUGA